AAUAUUGAUUCCCUACUAUCGCGCAUUCUGUGGGACGCGGUCGAAGGCUUGCCUUGUUGUUCGAUUGUUUUGGUUCCUAUACAGUAGUUUACCGUAAAUAAUAGUAAGUUUUAAGUUGUAAACAAUGUCUGAAUAUGACAAAGUAAGAAGCGGUAGAUUGCUUCUAAAGGGUGAGAAGCCUAGUUCACAUAAAAAAAGAAAACGGAAAAAAGAAGGAAGAGAUAAACAAGAACGAUCGACACAGGACGAUGAUGUUGGGAAACACGGUGGUUGGUGGAAAGUAAAGCGUUUUGAAGAAAUCACAGGCUCUAUUGGACUUGAAUUUGGAAAUCAAACUUAUGUGAAGGCCUUAGAUAAUGGUUUGUUUACUCUUGGGGCACCUCAUUCAGAAGGUGAAGGACCUUCGCCUGAAGAAAUAUUGACAGCAUUUAGAAUCAAUGAUUCCAAAAUUGCAUUGAAGUCUGGAUAUGGCAAAUACCUGUGCGUUGGCAAGGAUGGAGUGGUCACUGGUCGUUCGGAUGCAGUUGGUGCAAUGGAGCAAUGGGAACCAGUGUUCCAGGAGGGGAAAAUGGCUUUGUUAGGGUGCAAUGGAUGUUUUAUGUCUGUGGCACAAGAUGAUGAUUCGGUUGUGGCAGUGAGUAAAGUAGCUCGUGAGGAUGAGAUGGUUCAAGUGAGGUCGAUGGCGACAGCAGACAACGAAAAGAGUGUGGACGUCCCUUCAGAGGAGCAGGGCAGCCUUGCAGAAGUAGAAGUGAACUAUGUGCGGAAGUUUCAAAAAUUUCAGGACAAAAAAUUACGAAUUAACAAGAAUGAUCACAGUGAACUUGAGCGUGCUAAAGAAUCAGGGACACUUCAUGAAGCUCUGUUGGACAGACGCAGCAAAAUGAAGGCAGAUAGAUAUUGCAAAUAAAACAAAACGUGUGUAGAUAAAUCUGACAUAAUAUACAAAUGUAUGAGACUCUUGUAAUGAUUUCUUUAUUCUUGAAUAAUAUAUUAUUUUUAGAUUUUGUGGUUUUGUUCUUUCCUCAAUUCACAUUUUUCAAUAUUCAAAUAAAAUGUUAAGAAACAAGGUUGAAUGCUCUGAAAAUUGAAUGUUGUAAUGUAAAUAACAAGAUUCAGUUGUUUGAUGUUCGUGGUAACUCAUCUAACCAACAUUAUGGUUAGGUUUUAUUAAGCUUCAAAAUCUAUUGUACAUCACUUCAAUGCAACGCUGCAAUACUUCACUUAACAAAUUUAUAAUAUUUGUAUUGUUUUUAAGUUUUUAAUAAAAGAAUUUGUUUAUUGGAAUAUUAUCCAAAAUUGUAUAAGUGAGGUCUUACACAAUAGUAUGAUCCUGCAAUUAGUGUGAAUACAAAGCCAUCAGUAGGUCAAUGAUUAUUGCUGUAGUCAGGUUGAGAAUACAUUUGAAACGUGUAAGGAUUUUCAGUUAACUCAUUUUGUAAUUUUAUUUGGGAUUGCAUUCUGUUCAAUAGCAUGUGUACCAUACAACUGGCUUUUACUUACCAAGCAUAUAAUAACAUUAUGCCAUAACACAAACUGUAAAUAAAAAAGAUUCACAAAUUUACUAGCGAGCAGCCUUUUCCUUGGAGUCUGGAUGUUACAUGACAUCAGCUGCACCCUAAGUAGGGGUGUUAUGAGUAUGCAACUGAAGACAGUAUGCACUGUAUCAGAAUAGGCAGGAUGACACAAUCUAGUAUCCCCAUUUUUCAGUCAAAAUUGAAAUUGUUUCAUUGUUUUGACUUUCUCAUAUCCCUACAUAACAAAUUGUUAUUCGCUUCCAGAUUUUGUCUCGCUCAAGUGUGGGGUGAACUAGUUGAAGGGGUUAAUUAUUAGUAAGUUUUAAUUUUCAGAUUUAUGAUCCAUUACACUAUUAAAUGCCAACACAUUUAAAUCAAUAAUAUAAAACUUUUAACUCAUGAAAAAUAGUUACCAAAAGCAGUUCGGUAGUUCAAUUUAUAUAAAUUACUGUCAGAUUUGUUAAUGAAUGAGAGAUGUUAUUUAUUAUUUUUUUAAAUUGAGGUAUUGUUUAAUGAUCUCCACAUGGGUUCUCUUUCAUUUAAAGGCUAAAUGUUUACUGGAGUGCAAGUAGAAUAAUAAUUUGUUUCACCCCUGCUGUGAUCCGUGAACUACCAUAUUAUUUACGUUCAAGCCUCUAGUAGUAGUAAGUUGUUUAAGUAACCAUUCCCUACACAUGUUGAACAUUAUUUUGUAGUUGUUCAAUUCUUAUCGUUUUAGCAAUAUUAUUACAUGCUACUACAAUGAACAGUAGUUUUUCAUUACUUUUAAUUCAAAAGUGGAAGUUGAAAAACUUCUAACACUAGGACUCAUUCUCUUCUAAACAACUCCAGUUUUCACCUUGAUAGAUUUAAAAAAAGGUCGUCUUAAAAAUAUACGUAUACAAAUAGCAAUGCAAGUAUUAACGAUGAAAGAUAUAUGGUGUUAAUGUCGUGUUAUUCAGUUCAUUAUGCACCAAACACACAAAAAAUUAAAGGAAAAAAUUUGGAGCCAUUUUUGAGAAAAUUUUGAAAAUGUCAUGGAGACUAUGUAAAGUAAUACCAAC